AUGAUCGACUACUACUCCAACUAUCCUGAGAUGGCUUUGCUCACGAGCACAACAGCAACAGGAAUAGUUAAGCAUAUGAAGUGCAGCUUUGCACGACAUGGCAUUCCAGGGACUGUCGUCUCGGACAAUGGGCCUCAGUAUGCCAGUCAGGAGUUCAAGCAGUUUGCCAGAGAGUAUGGAUUUGAACACAUCACAGUAAGCCCACACUUUCCACAGGCAAAUGGCAAGGCUGAAAAGGGUGUUCAAAUAGUGAAAAGUCUUCUGACAAAGGCAAAAAAGAAUGGUGAGGAUCCUUAUUUGGCUCUGCUGGCUUAUAGAGCAGCACCUCUGGUGAGUGGGAAGUCUCCGGCUGAACUGCUCAUGGGCAGACGACUACAGACACAGAUCCCAACAGUGAAGAAACAAGUCCACACACCUGUGCUGGAGGCCAUGAAAAAAUUAAAGGAAAAACAAAAGAGAUACUUUGAUCGCACAGCAAAAGCAAUGCAACCUCUGCAGGCGGGUGACAGAGUCAGAGGUUUCAACACAGAAAGACAGGACUGGCAGCGCGCUGGAACAGUGCUGAAUGAAGUGGCUCCGAGGUCCUAUGCGGUCCAGACGGACACCGGGGCUCUGGUCAGACGAAACAGGUUGCAGCUACUUAAAACACAGGCCAGCAAUGCAGCUCCUUUAGUAGAGGAGUACAGGGACAAAUUUUUGGGACUGACAAAGUUCCUUGCUCUCUGGAAAACCAUCUGGUAUAUCAACGCAAAUGAAUCUACAACUUCCAGCUCUGAUCCAUGCUAUGAUUAUAACACUCUUGAUGAAUCCUGGAGAGACAUACGGCAAAAGCGAUAUCAGUACUCUGGAUAUGAUGACACCCUUGUUGAAUGGAGUGGCUGGUAUCGGCUGUAUCUGAAUGGAGAAAGUGCCCAGAUGUCUGAGUGGUGUGUGAGUGAUGUGAAAUGUGGUGGUGAAACUGGACUGUAUCUCAACGGUUCUCAUCCAACACUUGAGGAUGGAGUGAUGACCCGUGAAGUCCUGGGAACUUAUUGGAACAGUGAUUGUGGCAGCUACAGAUCUAAUUCCAUCCGAGUCAAAGCCUGUCCAGGAGAUUAUUACAUCUAUGAAUUUGUCAAACCCAUCAUAUCAUCCCUCUGGCCCAUGUACUGUGCAGUUGCUUUCCAAAGAAUCAGCAGUGAUCCCUGCUACAACUAUGAAUCUCUGGAUCGUCCCUGGAGAGCCAAUAAUGAAAGCGGAGAUAACAUUUGUGAUGAACAUUUCACCUGGAAUGGCUGGUACCGGCUUUUCUACUAUGGAAUGGACAUCCGGAUGUCAGAGACCUGUGUUAGUUCAUUCACAUGUAACACAGAAGUCAAUCUGUGGCUCAAUGAUCCUCACCCUCAUAUAGAGGAUGGAGUGGUGAUCAGGGAGGUCUGUGGUAGUUAUCAUUUGGGAGGCUGCUGUGAUUAUAAGACAAAACCCGUCAGAGUGAAAGCGUGCCCAGGCAAUUACUAUGUCUAUGAACUUGUGAAUCCCCAAUUUGGGUGUUCGGGAUACUGCACAGAUGUCAGCACUAUUUCACAGGCGUUUUCCACUACGAGUCAAGAUAUAAUCUCUGGAUCCAAAAUCACAUUGAAUUAUGACCCAUGCAAUAACUACAGCAUACUUGACAACUACUGGAGAGGCACAAUCAUUUACUGGUAUACAAAUGAAUCUGUAAAUAGACAUGAUGACACUCGUGUAGAAUGGGACGGCUGGUAUCGACUCUUCAUUAAUGGAUCAAGUGCUCAGAUGCCUGAGUGGUGUAUGUCUUACAUGUCAUGUGGAGGUUAUAGUGCUCUGUAUCUUGAUGGCUCUCAUCCUCAGCUAGAAGAUGAAGUUGUUACUCGUGAAAUUUAUGGCUCCCGUAAUGAUCAGUGCAGUCGCUACAGAUCCGACCCAAUCCAAGUCAAAGCUUGUCCUGGAAAUUAUUAUGUCUACAAAUUUACCAGGCCGACUCUUUCAAUCCCAGCUCCUGUAUAUUGUGCAGUACCUUUCACCACCCCAAGUGUCGACCCCUGCUACAAAUAUACCAGUCUGGAUCAGCCUUGGAGAUCCACUGACCAUCAUAACUUAGGCAUGUGUGAUUAUAAUGUGGACUGGAAUGGCUGGUACAGGAUGUUCAACAAUGGUCAAAAUACUCAGAUGCCAGAAUCAUGUGUAAAUCAGUACAUGUGUGGCACUUAUUCCCCACUGUGGCUCAAUGGCCCUCACCCACAGCUGGAAGAUGGAGUGGUCACCCGUCAGGUCUGUGUCUCCUCAUGGGAUGGCUGCUGUACUUACAAUUCCCACCCUAUAAGAGUCAAAGCCUGUCCAGGAAAUUACUAUGUUUAUGAGUUUGUCAAGCCAAUAUUUUGCGGAGCUUACUGUGCAGCCUCUACAACAACAGAGACAAUCUCACCUACAGAAUCCAUUACUCCACCAAUCACAACCACUGAUGUGAGAGAUCGCUGUUCUGAACUCAGCUGCUCUGAGGAUGAAUGGUGUGGGAAGAAAAAUGGUGUUUAUGGCUGUUUAUGUCAAGAGGACAAUCAUACACCACAAUCUGGCUCUUUUGAUUUCUCAGAAACCUGUGAAAGCAGCUCUGGCUCUAUAUCUGUGUCUCGCUGUCAGCUCUUUGAGGCUGGUUUUCCAGCUGAUGUCUUACACCUCAAUGAUCCCAGCUGCAAAGGAACGGUCCGGAAUGGCCGAGUGGAAUUCCAUUUUGAUAAUGAUGAACACAUCUGUGGUACUAAUCUUCUGGCUAACGGCACCCACUUCAUCUAUGAAAACUUUAUUCUGGGGACACCGAGGUCAGAAGGUCUCAUCAGCAGUGAGAAAAUCCUGAAGCUUUCUUUCAGCUGUGUUUAUCCUCAAUCACAAACACUUUCCAUGAAUGUGGAAAUCAACCCACUGGAGAGUAUUGUGCACAAGACUCUUCCCGCUGGUGAAGGCAGAUAUCGGGUCCGGAUGAUCCCAUAUGAGGAUGAUGAGUUUACCCGGCCCUUCACUGGUAGAGUGGAUGCAGAGCUCGACCAGGAGAUGCAUGUGGAAGUUCGUGUUGAGGGGGUCGACAGCCGCCAGUUCGCCCUGGUGAUGGACACGUGUUGGGCUACACCUGUGAAUGAUCCCGAUUACAGCCUCCGCUGGGAUCUCAUCCUUUCAGAGUGUCCCAAUCCAAAUGACGACACAGUGGAUCUGCUGCAGAACGGCGUCUCGACAUCCAGCCGUUUCUCUUUUGGGAUGAAUAUCUUCACUGCAAACUCCACUAGGCUUUACCUGCACUGCGCUGUUCACCUUUGCCUUCUGUCAGGCAAUCGCUGCUCAAUGGACUGUGGCUCUGGACACCAGCGGAGAGAGCGCAGGUCUCUGGACUUCCAUGACAGUGCUUCCAUAUCCAUGGGUCCUCUGGUGUUGUCUGAAGGGAACACAGAUAAGUGGGUCCCAGAACAAGUGAAGGCAUCUGAGGCUUCUUGUCUGUGUGGUUCUCUGAUGCUGAUACUUGUUCCUCUGAUGAGUGUCCUCACACACUUUUAGCUUAGUA